UCGGAAGUGGACGUCGACGCAGAAGGAAAGGAAGCGUCGGCAUUCUGUGAUGAUGUUACUAACUCGCAGUUGUAACAAACGGUAUCAACCAUAAAAUCUAGUAUGACGUUUAUUAUACAAGCAGCUGCUUGCGUUAUAUUAAAAUAUAGUACUCGAAGUGACCAGCUUGAGCGACAUAGCUGAAUUACGAUCGACUCGUAAAAGGUACCAUCGUUACGUUGUAUUUUUUGUGCUGCACUACCAAGCUGCAAAAGAACACAAUGACGGAUCUAACGGAGUUACGAAUGAACGUGGCCGCUCUGAAGCGCGUAGAUCCUUACGUGAAAGAUAUUCUGGAAACUGCGACACACGUAGCGCUGUACACUUUUAACGCGGAUAACAACGAGUGGGAAAAAACCGAUAUCGAGGGUGCUUUAUUCGUCUACUCGCGAAAUGGCGAGCCAUACAACAGUGUUCUUAUCAUGAAUAGAUUAAAUACAAACAACCUAGUGGAACCAGUUACACAAGGUUUAGACUUACAACUUCAGGAACCCUUCUUGCUCUAUAGAAAUUCCAGAUGCAAUAUCUAUGGCAUUUGGUUUUAUGAUAAAGAAGAGUGUGUACGCAUCGGUGCAAUGUUGAACAAACUUGUUAAAGAGUCAGAAGAAAACCGCAAAGCAUGUAACAAACCAGCAGUCAGUGUUAAGAAAAAUUCUGGACCUAAUGUAAACAACAUAGAUAUAUUCAGUAUGCUCAGUAAAGCCCAAAAAGAUUUUAAUACUAAUAGAACUAGCAGUGGCAGCGGAGGAAGUACCAGGGAAGGGCUUGAUUCCAAGUCCCCUCUGGUUACUUCUAUAAAUGAAAAGCUGUCUGGACCUCUAACUGCUCCACUAGGUCCAGAUGUUACUUCACAGAGUGUAAUGGACUUUUUUGCAAAAGCUAAAGUUAAUACUGGACAUUUUAAAGCUGGAGAUCAGCCCACACCAGGUGGUACUGUUGUAAAUGAAAGCAAACCUUUACUUGCACGUUUAAUGUCCCAUCCAGCGGCCCAUACGGUGGAACAUAUUGAAAAGCAACAUAGAUCUGUAACUCCUCAACCAACUACACAACAGCAUUCUCAAUCAACUCCAACUGCUAUAAUGACAUCGAAUAACGCGAGUAGCGCUUCAGCUUCGAACAGACCUAAGCGGCGGAGCAAGAUAGCUUCUCAGCAAGAUUCAAUAAUAUUGACACCCGUGUCUAUGAGCCAGGAUGGUCCAUCUUUGACCAAUCAAAAUACUAUGGAUACAAAUGGUACAACAGGAUUUCAUAGGAUACAGUCCCCAACAUCUAAUUCAACGAAUCAUCAGGCCUCGGAUAUUAUUGGCUCUAGCAAUUCAAAUCCUCUUGCAUCUUUAUUUGCUCAUGCAUCUGCGACAACGGCAUCUGAUGAAAUUAUCACGGCACCUACUUUAUCGGGAAGAGGAUCAGCACCAGCGUUAAUACCUCCUGUGAUGUUCGCUGCACCUAGUCCACCAGAACCCCUGGCGAGACCGUUGGAACCAUUGACAAGGAAUCAGCUUCUUCAAGCUUUCAACUAUCUACUGAGGAGUGAUCCAGAUUUUAUCCACAAACUUCACGAAGCUUACGUCAAAUCAUUCGGUGAAAUUCUGUCCUAAAACGAUCAAUUGUUAACUGAUAUAACUGAAACCCGUCAUGCGGGUUGUGACGGUCGACUGACUAAAACGAUCGAGCAAAAACCUAGUAUCCCUAUGUUACACGUACAUAGAUGGUACAUAACGUCAUGCUCGACUUUCAAUUGAACUUGACUGGUAGCCCAAAUUUUUUGGGGAAGACAAAAUAUAGAUAUAAAUGGAGAUACAUACCUUAAACAGUAUUUUUAUAAAUUAAUACAUUUUCUCCCGUGAAAAGAGACGAAAUGUACCGUGAAUGCGUAACAAGGUAUGAAGCUGAGUGAUCGUUGUAAAGGGAACGGAACAAGGAUUGCGAAAAUUGUACGAUUUGAAACUGUGAUGCCAAAACAUUUAUAUUAUACUAACGUUUUAUGGUUAUUAUUCCGGAACAGAGCGAGACAAAUUUUCUGAGCUGAUCAAAUGGAAUGCCUAUUUUACAGAGUAAUGACAUACCCCUCCUAUAAUAUCGGGUAUCGAUAUGGUAUGUGUAUGUAAUUGAUUAAAAAGAGGAGCAAAUAAAUAGAGACCGAUUACUGAAAAAUCGUUUUAAUGUAUUUUAAGGCGAUUUUCGCAUCAAUUUAUCCCUCAUGAGUAACACGUGUUGUAAAAACAAAGUCGCGGUACAUAUUUAAUAAUAUAACUAUCGCACGGUUAUGCCAUACUAUCACAAUAUAAUAAUAUUUAUAUGGAAUACGAUUACUGUGUGAGGAGUACAUGAUGUACCGGGAUAAUUCAUUUUCGGAAGAUACCUACAUGAUUAAAAAAAAAAAUAAACAAAACAGAUAUCAGA